AUGGCUCUUCUUCACUGUUCUUUCCCUUGCUAUUAUAAUAUUCCAACACCAACAACGCACAGACAAUUUUUCCCAUUAACACCAAUAAAUACAGUAAUUACCAAUUCUCACUCACAUUUUCGCACUGAUGAACUUUACCUGAACAAGAAGAAGAAGAACACGUCAGUGCUCGUCCGUUACAGUGAGGCCGCCAUUGCCACUCCAUUGUACGAUUCCGACCUCCGUUCCGUUCUUGAACUCGCCACCGACUCUGAGCUAUACGAGCUUUACAGAAUCUUAUACGGUCCAAGUUACUUCAGCCCUUUGAUUAAAUCUGUAGUGAAUAAUGACGUGGAAAUCGAUUAUUCCGCCAUUGAAGAUGACGUUGCAGAGCGACAAGCGUUUAUUGCUGCUCUUGAGUCCAGAUUUCUUUACCUUGCUGCUGAUGCCAGGUCCACUUUAAGAGGCUGGAAGCCUUCAUAUAGAAAUGUUUUGCUUGAGGUUAGAAGAAAGUUAAACAUUCCUUGCUCGAAAAAAUUGCCAACUGAAGAUCUUGAAGCGGAAAUUUUUCUUUAUCUUCUUCAAGAUUAUUCAAGUGAAGAAUCGGGAACUAUUCCAGACUUCGACCAAUUAUCUGAAUAUCCUAAUGAUCAAGGUAGUUUAGAACUUGGACUUAGGCAGUGGAAUGGGCAAGCCAUUGCUGCUGUAAAAUUGGGGCUAGUAGAGCUCCAAUCGAUAAUUUUAAAGGGUGGUGGUGUGUUUACACUGUCAAAAAUUUAUCAAUCGUUAGCCAGCAAAUUAUCUGGUAAGGUGUUUCUAGAAGCUGCCAACUAUCAAAUUAAAAAGGAGGUUAUUAAGAAGGGUGGACAGCUAGCUGUCAUUAAUUUGGAAUCCAGAGUAGCCUUGCUUGCAGCAAAGCAGGGUUUAGCUGGAGCUGCAUCAAGAUAUCUGGGUUUUAGGAGCAUGUUAUCAUUACUUGGGCCAGUGUUAUGGGGGACUUUUCUGGCAGAUGUUGUAAUUCAGAUGCUUGGAACUGAUUAUGCUAGAAUCUUGCGAGCAAUUUAUGCAUUUGCAAAGAUUCGGAUAACCCGCACCUAUAGGCUGCCGCCUGACAUUGAUUGAAGUCAAAGACUGCAUUGAGCGUUUAGGGAGGGUUUCAGUUGGUUACUGUGCUGUUAGAAGACCGGAUGAAUAGGUGACAACCCCAGUUGUGCGAGUAUUUAGCUUCUGAUUUUCUGUUUAGUGUUCUAAUUCAUGUGUAUAUAUCUUGUUAUAUAUGAGGUUCACUGCUUCAGCCACUGAGUUUGCUGAAUAUUUGACCUAUGUUAUGUUAUGUUAUGUAUUAAAUUGAUGGACUUAUCAUAUGUUUAUUUUUGAUCUGGUGAAAACACUAAAAUUUCAUUAGCAA